CUCCAGCCUGGAAUCGCUCGUCUUGUGUUGUAUAAGAUGGUCAACAAAUACCUCCAUGAAAGGCCAGAUACAAGGAACUACCCGGCUGUUCUAUGGCGACAUUCGCGAGAUCACUACUGCUGAGCUUCGCUUGCCUUGCAGCGUGUCGAGCUUCGACGCUGCCUCCUGAAGAGAAGCCCAUCGUUCUGAGAAAUUACGACUAUGUUGUUGUUGGCAGCGGUCCAGGCGGCGCACCUCUCGCUGCCCGCCUUGGUCUGGCAGGGUAUAAAGUGCUCGUCAUUGAAGCUGGAGUCGACAUUGCGGCAACCGAUUACAAUGCAACUGUGCCAUUAUUUAACGGGAAAGCUAGUGAAGACCCAAAGAUGGCUUGGGACUUUUUUGUGAAACAUUACGAUGAUGAAGAACGGAACGCCAAAGACGCAAAGUACUAUACCUCUGCACCCAAUGGAACUCUACAGUUGGGCGUAAGCCCAGGUUCUACGCCCAAGGGUUUCCUCUACCCCCGCACUGCAGCUGUUGGUGGCUGUGUCAAUCACAACGCCCUCAUCAUGAUGUAUCCAGUUGAUGAGGACUGGUCGAAGAUCGCGAACCUCACAUCCGAUGCAGGCUGGGCGCCAGGAAGAAUGCGAGAAUAUUGGUUGAAGAUGGAGAACUGCCAGUAUCUCUCCAGAGGCUCGCCUCACCACGGCUUCGACGGAUGGAUGUCGAUGAACCGAGCUGAGGAGCAGUUCUUCUUCCGCGAUGAUCAGUGCUACAAUAUGGUGAAGGCUGCUGCUGAACUCAACGGACAAUCGAUUGUCUCGAAACAGGAUCUUAUCGACAAGCUUCAAGGUGACAUGAACGCCCCAUCGCCAGCAAAUCUGGAUGGAUUAUACAACACACCAUUGAACAUGGAUCGCUACAAACGUAGCUCACCUCGGGACUUCCUAGUGAAUACUGCGCAGUUGCUUGCAAACCAGGAGAAAGUUGGCAGGAUCGACAUCAAGACUAACUGUCUCGCCACCAAAAUUGUGUUUCAAAAAGGUACAAAACGUGCAAUUGGGGUAGAAUUCCUAUAUGGCGAAAGCCUGUAUCGAGCGGAUCCGAGGUGGCAGGAGAGCCAUUUCGGUGUCAAGGGCAUAGCGUAUGCUAAAAAAGAGAUAAUCGUUGCUGGUGGAGCCUUCAACACGCCUCAGUUGCUGAAGCUCAGCGGCAUCGGGCCGGCGAGUGAAUUGAAGUCGCUCGAUAUCCCUGUCAUUGUCGACCUGCCAGGUGUAGGUGAGAACCUUCAGGAUCGAUACGAGAAUUCUGUGAUCGUAAAUCUGACGACGCCGUUCACGAUCUGGCAGAACUGUACACUCGGUGUUAGUGCAAAUGAUCCGUGUCUACAAGCAUGGAACGACCUAAAGAGCAAUGCAUCCCGCUACUCAACAAACGGACGGCCCGUUUCCAUUCCAAGACGCUCAACUGUAGCUCUUGGCCCUGAAAAUGAUCUUAUCAUCUCAGGCCGGCCCGGCUACUUUGCAGGAUACUUCCGUGGCUACUCAACCAUCGGUGCUCGCUUUCCUAACAGUUGGACCUGGCCGGUCCUUAAAGCGCGGACGAAAAAUCGUGGAGGUGUCGUAAAACUGCGAAGUACAGAUCCAAGAGACGUACCAGACAUCAACUUUCGAUACUUUGAUGCGGGAACUGGGGAUUGGCAGUACGACCUUGCCGCUGUAGUUGAAGGGAUGCAGUACGCGCGAUCAAUAAUUCAGCGCUACGCUAACGAUACGGGCACGAAUGUAGCAGAGAUCAUUCCAGGGUCAGAGUAUAAGACUUCGGAGGAUCUGGCCGAGUGGGUCAAAGAUACGAGCUGGGGUCAUCAUGCCUGCUGCACCGCAAAAAUCGGCGGCCCUGACGAUCGACUGGCCGUGCUGGACUCCAAGUUUAGGGUAAAGGGUACGAGGGGCCUGCGGGUGGUGGACGCAUCUGUAUUUCCUGAAAUCCCAGGUUACUAUAUCCAGCUCCCUGUCAUGAUGAUUAGCGAGAAGGCGGCAGUGGAUAUCCUUAAAGACUCCAAAACUUACGAACGUUGAAGUUCAUUGUGGGUGUCACUCGGGACCAAAUGAAAAAAGACGACGAAACUACAAAAAGUAAAAACAUAGCGCAGAAAUUGUUCUUCCGAAGAUAGAUUUUGGCUCAACAGCUGGCCAAAGGGACUGACCCGAGAAAUUGACCAGAAAGCGGGACAUGAUUACAAGAAACAAUUAGUGUAACAAAGCAGCAGUUCAGUCGGUAAUAGAAGCA